AUGCGAUGUUGGUGCGGUCCACAACGAGGCUUUAUCAUGCAUAUUGUUGAUAAUUUUAAUAAAGAAGUUAUGCGUGUCACGCGUCCCUUAAAAUGUUGUGGAGGAGGAUGCGGUGGAAUUUUUGCCUGCAUCGAUUGCUGCAGCUACAAAUGCAAUGUUGAAGCUCCGCCUGGGAAUUUUAUCGGCAGCGUGAUGCAACGUCAAGCAUGCUGUGCCAGCAGCUUCGACAUAAUAAAUGCAGACGGCCAAAUGAUUUUAACAAUUGAUGGUCCCUUCAUUGCUUGUGGUUGUAACGUCGAGUUUCCGGUAAAAACGUCGUCUGGUGUCCCUUGCGGUAACAUAACGAAGAAAUGGCGUGGUAUGCUCCGUGAAACGUUCACAAAUGCGGACAAAUUCAGCGUGUCGUUUCCAAUGGAUCUUGAUGUGAGAGCUAAAGCACUUCUUCUUAGUGCGACCUUCAUGAUAGACUUCGCAGAGUUCGAACAUUCGACUGGUAACUGA